AAUGGUGAAGCAAGUAUAGAAAAUUUUAGAAGCCAGGAAAAGUAGUAGUGGGAUGAUCACCAAAGAGGCUCCAAGAGAUGUAAUAGAUGUUCUUCUAAAUGACACAAGUGGUCAAUUAACAGAUGAUCUAAUAGCUGAUAACAUUAUAGAUAUGAUGAUCCCAGGAGAGGAUUCAGUUCCUGUUCUUUUGACUCUUGCAGUGAAAUAUCUCUCAGAUUGUCCUGCUGCCCUACAACAGUUACUAGAGGAGAACAUAAAGUUAAAAAGACUCAAUGAUCAGCUUGGGGAGCCACUGUGUUGGAGUGACUACUUAUCUUUACCAUUUACACAAACGGUCAUCACAGAAACACUAAGGUUAGGGAACAUUAUCAUUGGUGGCCAAAUGGGGGAGGCAGUAUUUCUGGGUUUUCAGCACUACAUUUUGGCCCUUGGAACUGCAGUGAUGAUCCCUUCUUUCCUUGUUCCUUACAUGGGUGGUACUGAUAGGGAAUAA